GGUGAUAAUGGUGGUUUUCAUUUGUUUGGCAGGAACUACCGGUACAAAUAUCCAAGUUUUGGCAAAAGAAAAGAAUUGAAUUUGCAGGCGUUUCAAGUACAAGUUGAUUUGUUGAUUUGAAGUUUCCUUGAUUUACAUGUUUGUCCUACACCUUAACCCCAUAACGUGGACUCAUUUCAGUAUUUCUGUUGUUUAAGUUAAAAGGCAAAGAAGAGAAGAAACGCUGCCUGAAUGAAUGAAUCCCCCGUACUCACUACAAAAGACCUUGCAGCGUACAAAGCACCAUGACAUCGUCACAUACCUCAGCGAGUUGCAGCUGGCAGGAGCCAAUCACAGCAGUCCUCAGCCUCAUACACCUGCCUGCACUGCUGGAGGAGUGUCGCGUUUCAACGAUGAGGCAACAUCUGACCAAUGAGCUGCGGUGAGAACAGUUAGGGAGCGUGGUGAGAACUCUCCUCCCAUCGCUCCUCUCUCUACCUGGGAACCAGCACUGCCUCAGGGAGGGGGCCGCCCAGCCCUCCGCUUUCUGAAUGAACACCAAACAAAAACUCUCACCAACAGUACAGAUGGAUCACUUGAGUCAUGUCCAUGCAGCCCAUGCUCAGCAGCAUCUGGAGUGUUUGCAUGGAAAUAUACAGAUUCACUGUGGACAGAUGACGUCAUACAUGUGAGUUUCAGCUGACACACACGCUCCUCAUGUGACCCCUAUCUGCCAAUGGCCUGACUGUUGUUGGAGCCUGCAGCUGCUGCCACCAACACUACAGUUGUUAAGAGCUUGUACAACUUCUUUACACUUUACAAUAAGAAACAAAACAGUUUAAAGUAUUGAAUAGAUACUGUAGGUUUUAAUGUCUAACGAGAAAAACUCAAUAUUUUUUUUCUAGAUACAAAUUGAAAAUGUUUAGCUAGAAUACUGGCGAACAUAUUAUUAUUAUUAAAUGUGUUUUAUUGGAUAGGCAUAUUAGUUUUAAAUAGUUUUCCAGACCACCUUAUGUGAUGUCAUUGUAAAGAUUUACAAGUUUAAAAAAAAAUUAAAAGUUAACAAAGUCUUUGCAUGAAAAACAUGGUCAUCGGAUGUUGGUUGUCAAAACAAAUAAUUGGUAAAUAAUUAUUAAUUAAUUUAUAAUUAAUAAUUAUUUGCUUUAGGAUUCCUACUGAUCCACUAUUAGGUUCUUUUUUUAACAGCUCUUCAAACAUUUCAUAAAAUUGCAAAUAGCCCAGGUAUCACAGAAACAAAAAACGAAUUCACUCUUUUAGCAUUGAGCUAUGUUUUUUAUAGCUUUAAUAAAUUAAACAAUAGUAAAACUAAUGACCUUAGUAGCAGUUAAAACGUUGGCUGGAGAAGAGAGUCUAUUUAAAGUCCUGAAACAUUAAACUUCUGUUGGAAGAGCCUGCUUAAGAACACUACGUGUAUUACGUGAUCGGAAGCACCGCUCUAUAUUUAUCCAAUCAUGAGGCUGGGGCGCUGAGGGAUCAUGUAAAAAAAAAGAAACGCCCACCCCAUGACGUACAGCGCGGUGCUGCAAAGAACCUGGCCUUGUACACCUUCAACUGCUCUUCACCAGAAACACUACAGAAUACUGACAGUUGGACAGGUCAUUUUUGUGAUAAUGGAGGAGUUUGAGUACAGUGUGGAGAUCUCUGAUGGUGACUGGCAGAACUUCUUUGCUGAGUGUGAGGCUUGCAACCUGCUUUCCCCACCCCUAGCACAUGUGGAUGACUCAGGGAUGAGUGAUAUGGAUGAUAUGAGGUCCAUGUUAGCUAAAAAGGCUCAGAUACCCAGUAGAAAGGAAGAUCUUGCAGAGGCCUACAAUCCCCCAUCAUAUGAGGGUUCUCCUGUGGAGCAUUUCAUCAGCAAACAUGGCAUUGGUGGAUUUGAGAGUGUCCUCUCGGGCAGUGAGGAGGAUAUACACCUGCAGUCUGUCAAUGUCUUUUUUGAAAGCCUGAAAAAAGUGAAAAAAACAGACAGCUUUGUUCAGCCACGCCAAGAGAAAACAAGAAAAGUCAGACUGGCAAUACCGGAGCAAGAACAGUGUAGUGAUGGGCAAAAAUCCAUCAGCAACUCUUUGCCAAAUAAGUUAAACUCUAGAGCUGAAGCACGGUCAGGCCCAGAGGACAGGAGGCCUGUCGACAUGAGCAGCAGCAUAAACACAACAAAAGAUGUAGCGCUCGACUCCAGCAUGUCUGCUCACCCUGCACUCAGUGAAUCUGUUAAAAGAUAUAACAAACCAGCUCACUGCAAAAUGGAUUUGAUCAUCAAAAAAGAUGCCAGCACAGAAACCGAAGCAUGUGGGGCAACGCAGUGGUCUUGUUUUCAUGACCGUACACUCAGAGAAGAGUGCACAGGAACAAUACCUAAUACAGCCAAAGAGACGAAAGUGCAAUUGUUUUCACCUUUGAUAGACACACAGAAAAAACAUCACUUGACACCUUUUGCUAAUAUGAACAAUAGUUGUUUACCUCUUAAUUUACAAACCCCUGUUUUGCACAUUGACACAUCAAACAUUCAACCGUUUAAAACCGUACAGCCGGAAUUGUCUCCAUCAGCUUCUAUCAAAAGAAAGCGAAGAAAGAAAAGGCGACUCAGCUUCGAGCCCCCUGAGAGUCCACAGAGGUGUGAGACGAGAGUUUUGGUUUGGCCGAGUGACUCAGAGGAGGAGCAAUGUACAAGAAGAGGAAGAAACACUCUCGGUGUACCUGAUGAUAUAAAUUUGUUACAUUGCAGGGAACCACAAAAAAAUAUCGAGUCAACCCUGUUUUCACUUUCAAGCAAUCUUCCAGUGAUGACAUCAGCAAAGGAUUGGUCUCCCACAUAUGUGCCAGAGAACAAACUUAGACAGGAAAGCUUCAAACCUACAAACUUGGCAGAAACUAACUCCACGUUUACAUCAGUUAAUGUAAGUGUUGACGACAUCGAGUCAGAAGCAAAUCGCAGUGAUAGAGUAGCAACAAGUUCACAGGAGUCCAUCAGUCUAGAUGAAAUAACUGGCCAGAAUAAAUUGUCAGUAUCAGUCAAGGCAAGUACAACUUAUGAGUCUGAUGAGACCAGAAAAACAACUCACAUGGCAAUAAGGACCAGUCACACAGGUCACCAGGAGUCAGAUCUCAGCAAUGGGACUAUCAACAGUUGCAAUAAGGAACAGAACCUACCAAGUGGUGUAGCAGAGGUCAAAUCAAUAACUGACAGUGUACCACCAUGUACACAGUCAGCUGAUUCCCUGGUGGGAAGCAGCCAAAAUGACAGACUAUCCGAGGCUAAGUCAGUCUUGGCUCCAGAGGCUGGAAAUUGUGUUGGAGACAACUACACACUAUGUCACAGUAAGGCUGAGUCCCAACAACAGCUCAAAAUCCACCGUUGUGACACAGACCAGUUUUGCUUGGGUCCUGACAGGGCAAUGCCCACUGACAAAAAACUACAGGAAUCAAAAAUCAAAUUCUGCCCUCCCUCUCUACAAGAGAUUUCUAGAAAAGUUAUGGAACUACAUUUAAACUCUACCAAUUCUUCAACCAAACACUGUGUAGUUUCUGAUGUCAAUAUUAAAAACACAGAACAAGAAGCAGGAAUUAUUUUGGGAAUUCAAACUAAAUUAACAACUUCACCAUUAAUGGCAUGUGAGGAUACUUUAGCAUCUGAAACAACAAAUAAUCUUAAGGAAGAUGAGAUGUCCACAUCCAAUGAUCUUACAAGUCUUACAGAUGUCACACCAAUGUCAUCUUGUUGUACCCUACAUACAGAAUCCGUGAAGUCACUCUCAAAUGAAAAUAUCACAGAUUUGUCUGGUAGUUUUUGUUCAUCUGUCUGUCAAACGGAGUAUGGAAGUCAAGGCCUGGAAAAUCUGUUAAUCCAAGUAAACCAGAAAGACAUUUCUAAUCCUGAGCCUGGCAGAGAAUAUGAGUCACCACACUCAUCAGAAUCAAAAAGUGAAUUCUUGUGUGGAGAUAUUGUCACCACAUCCAAAGAUGAAUGUGAAUCUACAAUCCUCACAGACUCCAAACAUUCAGUGUUUGCAAUGUCAUCCUUUUGGAGUGAGAUGGAAAAACUGACCAUAAAUGAUAUUUUGGGUUUAAGAAAGAUGAGCAGAGGUACAUUACCCAUCACCCUCCCAACUCUUCAAGAAGUUCAGGAGGCUGACAUGUUUGCAACCACUGAUUCAGGAACAUUGGCACUACUUGAAGAGACUAGUACCAAGCAUGAAUCACCCUAUUUUGUAGAAACUGCUGAUUUCCCCACUUCCAAAAGUGUAAUCUGGGAGAGUAAACCUUUGCCACUCAGUGCAGUCACUGACAUUUUUCCUGAGAAUUCAGUGUUGACAUGUGCUAGUGACACUACCGGACCCGUGCUCUCUGAAAGUGUUCUAAAUGGCCCCAGAAGAAUUUCCAAAAAAAUAAGUGUACAAAAUCUACGAGCACUACAGUCAGAGAGCUUCAACAGCACAUGGAAAGGCCACACCUCACAAACCUUUGUCGAAGAAGAUCCCGGCAAUUAUGACAAGAAUUUAGAGGAUCAAAAGACACAGAAAACAGACAAAAUGGAUUCUACACCUGUAUCUUUGAUUGACAGCUACAUAAUCUCUAUAACUGAUAUUUUACGGUACCUAUUUGGUGGAAAGCAAUUAGAUCCCAGCCAAACAUCUAUAGACAGCUUAUCCAACUCCUACACUGAAGGACAUUCCGUCCCUGAAAUGUAUGAUCAUUUCUUCUCUGAGUUUGAUACAGAAAGCUUCUUCUACCGUCCCAUCCCAGCAGAAGAUCAGGCUAAAGAUAAACAGGUCCCCAUCUUCUCCUACUCUCGCUCGGCUUCCAGAGAUCUGCAUUUUCCAGAGGCUUAUGACUGCUUUUUUCCAUCCUCAUCCUCUUCAUCUGAUGAAUCUUCUGAAUCUGGAGAAGAAGACAACUGUGGUCCUGUAAAGGUAGUAAGCAGAUUAAGCCGCAAGACAAGUACAUCCUGGCUUUCCACAGACGUGUAUGAACAUUUUUACACAGAUAAUGACCAUAAACAGAACUUCUUCUGGAAUCCAACAUUCUCCUUCAGGAAUAUUAAAUAUUCUGGAUCAACAGUUCAGACGCAGCAGACGUCAAACUCUCUGCCUUGUAUACCUAUGAUGCAAAGCGAUAAAAUCCUCCAAAGGACACUUUAUCCCACAAAUGUUCUGGGAAAUCAUGAUAUGAUGAUUACCAGACAUCAAGUUCAGCAUCCUUUCAGAUAUGAGGAUUUAAAGACAACUGUUUCAAAUCCAAGACUGGAUUCCUCCCUCCUGACAUUGCAGCAGUCAGAUAUGUGCCUGGUUUGUAUUGCAUUUGCUUCCUGGGUGCUGAAGACUGCAAACCCACAAGUAGGAGAUGCAUGGAAGGCUGUGCUGCUGGCAAAUGUAAGUGCUCUGUCAGCCAUUCGAUACUUGCGCAAGUACGUCAGAACGAAAACAGAGGCCGACGAAACCAGACUUUGUGACACAGACCCACCGGAGUGCUGAUCUUUCUGCCCAUUUACUCAAUUUUGCUGUCAACUGUUGCUCUGUUAAGACUGAAAUCGAUUUGCUGAAGAGACUUGACUUUGUUGGAGACAUACUGCUCCGUGUUGCACUGAUUUCAACAUAAUUUAUAAACUACAACUGGAUGACUACACGAUGACUAAAAUAUAAAAAAGUUUUAUUUGUCAGUAGCAGGAAUUAACUUGUAUAUUUAACAAAUGUGAAGCUUUAGACCAUUGUAAAUAAGGUAAGAGAAAGUCAUUUUAGAGGCUGAGGGACAAUGUCACAAGAUACUUUAGAGUUACGUGACGUACAGUGUGUGGCUUUACUUGAGGCUUUAACAGAAGGUUAAAUGAUGUUGUUGGAUCAUGUUUGUUUCUUUUUGUGACAUUUGUAUAGUAACAAAAGUGAAUGUGUUAUUUAUAAUAAAAACAAAACCCAUUCAAACAC